AUGCAUCGCAGUGAAGAGUUCUUGAUGUCUGAUGAUUCCGAUGUCUCAGAAUUAGAUUUACCAUCAACCGGUCGUCAAACGGACUUACGUUUUUUUAGGUCAGGAAAGGUUCCACAAGACUCAGUUGCUAAAGCUCGAAAAAUUUGUACCUCAAAAUGCUUUUUAAUGUUGCUUCUUAUAUCCAUUGUAACCGCUGUCGUUUUUCUUGGAGUGUCCCAUCUUCGACUUUUGCAUCAGCUAGAAGGAAUACUAGUUCUUCCGCGACAACUAGAAAUUAUUAAAAAUAAGCUAAGAAGUAUGAAAAAUGUAAAUGGGUCAUUCGACGAAUUAGAUGGGCGACAGUUAGAUGUACUUAUCAAUCAAGUUGCCAAUUUAUCAAAGAAAUUUGAGGAGUUUGUUGCCAAAAUUGAUGAUUUAUACAAGAACUGCGAAAAAUGUAGGGGAUCGGAGUCAUUGAAUGUACAGUCUAGCGGAAAAGAUAAUGGAGUAAAGGAAAGGAAUAACAAAAAAAGUAAGCGAAAGCGUUCUAAAACUGGCAUCGGUGAUGAUAAGUCUUCAAACUUUGGACGAGUUUUCAAAAUGUUUUAUGGUAUUACGUGUCUUGUCGAUAAUUCUGCUUGCAUCUUGAUUAUUCGGCAUAACGUCGGUGCAACUUCUGUUCUUAAAUUGGUUCAGAAAUUCCCGACGGAUUUUCUUCAUAAGCGACAGUACUUGUAUUAUUCACUGGUUUACUUUGGAAUGUCUUCUUAG